GACUUUGCCCUCUUCCAGAGUCCUCGAUCCACAAGCUGCCACCAUGCCGACGAAAGAAACGAAAGAAGCCACGGCAAAGCCUGCGCCCAAACUCAGCGCACUCGCCCAGCGACGACUUCGCACACAGCAGACCGCAGCGCAAUCGCCGACACCGUCCACGGCUCCUGCUACUCGUUCUCCUGCGGUCGAAGCCAGUACGGAAAGGCCGGCGAAGAAGGAGCGGCAUGAAGACCUUACGGCGGAAAACGAAGAGUUGGCGCGGCAGCGGGCAGAGAUUGAGAAGAGAUUGCUCCGGCGAGUGAAGGAAGUCCAGGGUGAUCUGGUGGACACUCCUAUGGCGGAGGUUUCUACAGUGAAUGGCACUGUUAAAGAAACCCCGGUUGAUAGCCCUCCGAACAAGGUGGAGGAAUCUGCGUUGGCCAGAAUCAAGAGGGAACAAGAAGAGAAGAGGAUGGCCGGCGCAUUUACCGACGAAGAUAUCGAGAUGAUGAGUGUUGGAGAAGCAACGGAUGAAGACGAAGCUGUUGCCUCUGUGCCUGAGAGUCUGGUUCCAAGGACGACACAAAUCUCGAGUUUCGUGCCAACGGAUAUAAAUUAUACUGACAACGGCUCGUCAACGAUUUUUCGGCUGCAGCCGGGCGAGAAUCUCGUUCUCGUUGGAAUAUAUAAGCUCCACGUAAUUAAAGGCACAGUCAAGGUCUCUGGCGCGAAGUUUUCGGAGGAUUCUGGUGUGCACACAGUCUAUGCGCCGAUGACCCAUUCACUACCAGUGAUCGAAGCUGCCUCGAGACGGAGAAAGUCCAACGGCGGCGAUGGUUUCAUUGAGAUAUGCGUCUCGGAUCACCACUCGGGUAUCUUGGAUGUUGGAAGGGUAUGCCCAACUUUCAACGGCAUCUGGAAAGGACCAUCCAAAGAACACAACAGACAUUCCUUCACGUCGAUAUAUAGCAGCACCACUGUAAUUCCCACAGUAACGACUCCACCGUCCUGGAAAGCUCCGAUAUCACAACUAGUCGACAAGACCGAAAGGUCGUGCUCACGCUACAUUUCGACGGAAAUGACAGGGCCACCGAUAAUUUUGGUCGCUGGCCCGAAGGGCGUCGGAAAAUCCACCUUCUUGCGGAUGUUGGUUAAUAAGAUACUCACCACCACCGACGUAGAAUCCGUCGCCUACCUUGAUGCGGACCCUGGCCAACCAGAGUUCGCUCCCGCUGGCAUCGUAUCCCUCAAUUUCCUCACCAAACCAAUUCUGGGGCCUCCGUUCACCCACACCGCCAUAUCCCACAUCCGGCGUCACAACAUCGGCCACAAUUCUCCCCGCGAAGACCCACCUCACUACGUCGCGUCAGUCGCAGACCUAGUCGCCGCGCACACUGUAAACUACCCCAACGUACCCCUCCUCAUCAACACCUGCGGCUGGACGAAGGGCAUCGGCCUCGAAGUCCUCCAAGACAUCCUGGCCUGCAGCAAUCUCAGCGACCUCGUCUUCCUCGGCCCCGGCGCCAGCUCCAUCCGCGAAAUCAUGCCUUCGCACCUGGGCUCCCCUCCAAUCGUCUUCCACGAAGUCCCCGCCGCCCAAACAACCAACACCCGCUUCUCGCCACGAGACCUGCGGAUGCUGCACACGAUGUCGUACUUCCACCACCAGCCGACCACUGGGAACUGGGAUUUCACCACGCCAUUGACCGGCCUCGCGCCGUGGGUGGUACCCUACACAGGCGCCGAGCGCGGUAUAGAAGGCAUCGCCCUCCUUGGCGACGCAAUCGCUUCCGAUGAGAUCGCCACUGCGGUCGAGGGGACAAUUGUCGCCAUCGUCCUCGUCGACUCCUGCCAGCAGAUCCCCGCCCUCACAGAAACCGCAUCGGUCCCGAUCCUCCCCGGCCGCAUGCCUCUGCUCGAGUGUAAAGGCCUUGCCGUCAUUCGCGCCAUCGAUGCGAAGAAGGGGGAAGUACACCUCCUUACGCCUGUGGCGGCCGAGGAGAUGCAGCAAUGGGAGGUCGAGGGGAUAAAGAUCGUGCUGGUCAGGGGAAGUCUCGAGUUGCCAGUGUGGGAGAUGCUCAUGCCCGGUGGUGCUAUUGGAGACGGCGCGCCGUGGUUGACGACUGGUGAUGGGAAGAGGAAGAGGGCGGGUGAGGCCGUGUGGCGCGUUAGGAGGAAUGUUAUGCGCAGGGGGCAUCUGGUGUAGAGAGUGGUGG